AAACUUGGUUGCAGUCACAGUGCUCACAGGGUUUCUUGGGCAACUAAUUAAGGUCCCAUAAAAUCUAGCAUUGACAAAUUACUGCUCUCCCAUGGGACUGAACAGAUCCAGUAGUAAUCCCUCUCUAUGCCCAUAUGAAAAAAAUUGCUGAGAUAUGCACCGUUCCAACCAUUACGUCAUUUUAAGGUACGGGUCUAAAGGGGAUUCCCGAAAUUGCAGGAUCCUAUCAGUGGUACAUGCGCCCCCAAUUCAACCAAAGGCCUGUUCGCUUCGUGGAAUGGAUUGAUAUCGAAACUGUAUGCAUAAUAAACACAUCUGCAUGCAUCAUUUGUAUACCACGCACGGAUUUGAUAUUGCUAUUUUACCUAGCUCUACAUACCGAAGCGGUAAGGGGAUCUCAUUAAAUUUCGUAUAAAGCACGGAGCUGAUGUGGAGAUGGAGAAUGGAGAUGGACAUACUACAGAUUUACAUUUAGCUGCAUCGCUGGGUUUUCUGGGGAAAAUCACAACUAUACUUGGGCAUGGAGUAAAUGUGAACAAAGUGACCAGGGAAGGAUACACUGCUUUAUACGUCGCUGCUAAGAAUGGCCAUCUUGACGUCAUCAAAUAUCUGAUCAGACAAGGAGCCGAGAUCAAUAAGGGUGGUAAUGAUGGUCAGACCGCAGUACACAUCGCUGCUAAGAAUGGCCAUCUUGACGUCAUCAAAUAUCUGAUCAGCCAAGGAGCUAGGUUCAAUAAGGGUGAUAUUGAUGGUCAGACUGCACUACACAUCGCUGCUAAGAAUGGCCAUCUUGACGUCAUCAAAUAUCUGAUCAGCCAAGGAGCUGAUGUCAAUAUGGGUGGUAACGAUGGUCAGCCUGCUCUACACAUUGCUGCUAAGAAUGGCCAUCUUGACGUCAUCAAAUAUCUGAUCAGCCAAGGAGCCGAGAUCAAUAAGGGUGGUAAUGAUGGUCAGACCGCAGUACACAUCGCUGCUAAGAAUGGCCAUCUUGACGUCAUCAAAUAUCUGAUCAGCCAAGGAGCUAGGUUCAAUAAGGGUGAUAUUGAUGGUCAGACUGCACUACACAUCGCUGCUAAGAAUGGCCAUCUUGACGUCAUCAAAUAUCUGAUCAGCCAAGGAGCUGAUGUCAAUAUGGGUGGUAACGAUGGUCAGCCUGCUCUACACAUUGUUGCUAAGAAUGGCUAUCUUGACGUCAUCAAAUAUCUGAUCAGCCAAGGAGCUGAUGUCGAUAGGGGUGAUAACGAUGGUGAGACUGCUCUACACAUUGCUGCUAAGAAUGGCCGUCUUUACUUCAUCAAAUAUCUGAUCAGCCAAGGAGCCGAGAUCAAUAAGGGUGGUAAUGAUGGUCAGACCGCAUUACACAUCGCUGCUAAGAAUGGCCAUCUUGACGUCAUCAAAUAUCUGAUCAGCCAAGGAGCCGAAGUCAAUAAGGGUGGUAUUGAUGGUCAGACUGCACUACACAUCGCUGCUAAGAAUGGCCAUCUUGACGUCAUCAAAUAUCUGAUCAGCCAAGGAGCCGAAGUCAAUAAGGGUGGUAUUGAUGGUCAGACCGCAGUACACAUCGCUGCUAAGAAUGGCCAUCUUGACGUCAUCAAAUAUCUGAUCAGCCAAGGAGCUAGGUUCAAUAAGGGUGACAUUGAUGGUCAGACUGCACUACACAUCGCUGCUAAGAAUGGCCAUCUUGACGUCAUCAAAUAUCUGAUCAGCCAAGGAGCUGAUGUCAAUAUGGGUGGUAACGAUGGUCAGCCUGCUCUACACAUUGUUGCUAAGAAUGGCUAUCUUGACGCCAUCAAAUAUCUGAUCAGCCAAGGAGCUGAUGUCAAUAUGGGUGGUAACGAUGGUCAGCCUGCUCUACACAUUGCUGCUAAGAAUGGCCAUCUUGACGUCAUCAAAUAUCUGAUCAGCCAAGGAGCUGAUGUCAAUAUGGGUGGUAACGAUGGUCAGCCUGCUCUACACAUUGCUGCUAAGAAUGGCCAUCUUGACGUCAUCAAAUAUCUGAUCAGCCAAGGAGCUGAUGUCAAUAGGGGUGAUAACGAUGGUGAGACUGCUCUACACAUUGCUGCUAAGAAUGGCCGUCUUUACUUCAUCAAAUAUCUGAUCAGCCAAGGAGCCGAGAUCAAUAAGGGUGGUAAUGAUGGUCAGACCGCAUUACACAUCGCUGCUAAGAAUGGCCAUCUUGACGUCAUCAAAUAUCUGAUCAGCCAAGGAGCCGAAGUCAAUAAGGGUGGUAUUGAUGGUCAGACUGCACUACACAUCGCUGCUAAGAAUAACCUUUUUGACGUCAUCAGCUCUCUGAUCAUCCUAGGAGCUAAAGUCAAUUUGAGUGAUAACGAUGGUCAGAGUGCUCUACACAUUGCUGCUAAGAAUGGCCGCCUUGACGUCAUCAAAUAUCUGAUCAGCCACGGAGCUGAAGUCAAUAGGGGUGAUAACGAUGGUCAGACUGCUCUACACAUUGCUGCUAAGAAUAGCUACAUUGACAUUGUAAAGGUCCUUCUUACAAAUGGAGCACGAUCUGACACAGAAGACAAAGCAGGCAAUAUACCGAUCCACUAUGCUAGGGAUGAAUCAGUCAGACAGUUGAUUUCUCCAAGGUAACAAAUUCAAAUUACGUUGUAUGUUGUAUGUUGUAAUUUUUGUAUCACCGGACGAUAUACCUUAUACUUCCUAAAACAAUGAUUUACCGAAUUAUUAUUGUUAAUGGUAUUGGAUGAAAGAGGCAGUCAGAGGCAUUAUUGUAUGUUCCAGGGUCAUAAAUCUUACAGUUUUAUUAUAAACCAGGUCAAUGUUAUGUGAAAUAUAUUGGAAUUAAGAUUUUUAUUUCAAUUUAGUCAUUUAUAUUUUGCCUUCUUUUUUGAAAUAUGAAUGAAAUUAUCAAACUCGCAUUACUGGGUCACAUGCUUACUAGAGUUUCAAUCUGACUAAUUGGGUAGUUCAGCUUAGUUUCUAAAUAGAUUUGGCACAGGGGAAAAAUGUAAGAAAAAAAUGUGGAAGAAGAGAAAACUUGAGAAGUUUGUAAAACAAUAAAAUACCUCUUUUGUCAUUAAACACAUUUUAUAAGGAAAGCUACUGAAGUAUUAUGUCCUCAUAUUGUAGGGAUGAUCCAGACUCAUUAAGAGCUCGAAGACAUAAUAAAUAGUCAGAGUACAAUCAGUCUUAGGAACUAGUAGCCAUGAUAUUUAUUGCUCUCCUGUUAUUCGUUCGCGCCGCAUCACAUCUUGCGCGUAGUAACAAUAUAGAUCUUGGACAUAUCACAACAUCCCCCUCCUUUUAACACAAGUAUGAUCAAAGUUAUUUCUAUAACACUAACAAGGUGCAUCCUCAAAAUGAAACUCCUGUAUCAAUAAUGAUGCCUAAAACCAUUGAACAGUUUUGAUAAACAUUAACAAUGCAAAGUAUUUCCUGACAACUUUUGCUGUUGGUUUGUAACAAGUUUGAACAUAUAGUAUCAUUUAUAUAUUACAUAUUAAUUUCUAGGAUUGAUCUAUCCAAUAUAAAAUUGAAAGUUUUGAAUAACACUUUAUACAUUAUUAAAAUGCAUCUAUGUAAAGUUUGAACAUAUAGUAUCAUUUAUAUAUUACAUAUUAAUUUCUAAGAUUGAACUAUCUAUCCAAUAUAAAAUUGAAAGUUUUGAAUAACACUUUACACAUUAUUAAAAUGCAUCUAUGUAAACAUACUAUGAUGAUUGUAGUGUGCAGUAAUAAUUUUGAGUUCCAUGCUAUUGCAAAUGUCUUUGCUAUGUUGAAAUUAAAAUAAAUUAUCAAAAAUGAAUAAAUUAAAAUAAAUUAUUAAAAUAAAUU